AUGGCCACACGAUCAAUCCCUCAAACCUGUGCUGAACUUAAAUCCACUACUUCCCACUCCGUGCUCAUCACUGUUACACCAGAUACUCAUCUAGAUAAAUGUUUGAUGGCUAUGGUUGAAAAUGAUGUAAGACACUUGAUUGUUGUUGAGAGCGAGCAAAGCAAGAAAAUUGUGGGACUUAUUUCCGAACGAGAUAUCCGUCUUGCCAUCGGAAGUCCCCUCAUUCACAAAGAUAUGGACAUUAAGCAAGAAAUUGAUGAAUUUGCCAAGCAACUUGCAUCCACCAUCAUGACCAGAUCUGUAAUCUCUGUUAGAGAGAAUGAUACUGUUUUAGAGGCUGCAAAGAUGAUGAGAGUAUCGAGAAUUGGAGCUUUGCCUAUUGUUGACAAUAAUGAUAACGUUGUUGGUAUUAUUACACGUACUGACAUGUUGGAUCAAUUGAUUCGAGUAUUGGAUCAAGAACAACAGUAA